AUGAUGCCCUCUGCUCUUCCGCCUAUGGCGACGCCGUUGAUUGACGAGACUGCUGUCUCUGCGGCGGCGAUACCGGUUCCCGACUCUGCGGCUGCUAGUAAUGCUUCAAGUUCCUCUAUGCGACAUAUUGAUCCGAUCGUUGAAUCUCCCCCGCCUGUAUUUUCAGCUUCGAAAAAUGGACUUACGACCUCGUCUGCCGAUCCGACUCGUACCGUUGUGGUUGUCUUCGGUCCUACCCAAGAGCAUAUAGUACAUAUGGUGGCGGAGGUGCUUGGGAAACCAUGGACAACAGAAACGCCCUUGGCGACACUUACAAAUGCUGGGAAUGCGGUCGUGGCUGGAGUGUUGGCGCAAGAAUUGGGUCGGAGCUUGGAGGGUUGCGAUCGAUCAGGUCUUGCGGUUAUCAAUAUGCACUGUGUGGAGGAUGGGUCUGCGCCGGAGGAUCAAUUAUCUGAAGCUUGCGAUUAUGAGUUUUUAUACUCUCAUAGUCCAUUUUUGCGACGCUAUUUGACCCGCUUCUUAUCGUUUAUCUUGGGCCAGACGAGACCUCACGAAGACCUACGGACGAAAUCCCGAACCAAUUUCAUAUCUACGACUUUUCCGGAUGUUCAUGCUGCUCUGCCUAAUUUGGAUAUUUUGUCGGUCGGUUCAGAUGCAGUGGAGAUUCGUGUGGAUUUGCUGGUUGAGCCUGCAUCGGAUGGAUCGCCGGCUGGCUCAGUGCCUAGUUUGAAGUAUGUGGGCCGACAAUUAAUGCUGCUGCGUCAACAUACGGAGUUACCCAUCAUAUUCACAACAAGAUGUAUCAAGGAAAAUGGAAAAUUCCCAAUGGACGACCCCGCUUUGUUUUACAAGUACCUGCGACGUGCAAUCCGGUGGGGUGUCGAGUAUGUUGAUGUCGAACUGUGGCUUCCUGAGGAUAUUCGACGCCGGCUAUCCGACGCCAAAGGAAACAGUAUUAUUAUGUCGGCUUUUCAUGACUUUUCAGGAACAUGGAAGUGGAUAGCGCCUGAGGCCCAGCGCAUCUACACUGAGAGUACCAAAUACGCGGACAUUGUCAAAAUGAUCGCCAUGGUAUCUACCAUCGAAGAAAACUACGAGCUGGAGUAUUUCCGUUCAACAGUUAAGAGCCGUGGUCCGGGCCCAUUACUAUCUGCCGUCAACAUGGGCCAAAUGGGCCAAUUAUCUCGUGCACUCAAUACCGUCUUUUCCCCCAUCACACAUCCUCUUCUUCCCAUGAUCGCAGCUCCAGGUCAGUUGACCGCUGCAGAGAUCAACUCAGCACUCCACAUCAUGGGCCAACUACCCAAACGCGAUCUAUAUGCGAUCGGUUCGUUCCGAUCAACGCCACAUUCAAUGUUCAUAGAGAAAUGUCUCAAUGAGCUAGGAUUACCCCACACAUUCAGCUCUAUUGACCGUGGACCAAAAGGUGCCAUGGAAUCAGUCAUCACGCAACCCCAAUUUGGCGGCGCAUCAAUCAACCCUCCCAUCCCAAGCUCUACAACAUAUAUCCCCGCUAUAAGCGACGCAGCCCGUGCCAUCGGUCUCGUAGAUACAAUCGCCCUCCGCCCCUCCGGAUCAAGAGAAGGAACACCAAACGGCACCGCCACCGCCACAGCGCAUUUCAUCGGCGAAAACACCGCCUGGAAAGGCAUUCGAUCAACCCUAACACGGGACUAUGUCCCCUCCGCAUACCGCGGCCGCGCAGCGAUUAUCCUCGCCGGAUCAGAAACUGACGCCUCCGCCGCAAUCUUUGCCCUGCGCAGUUUAGAAGUUGGACCAAUUUAUACGGUCGGGUUUAAGGCUGCUGGACCCCUUGCUCCGGGCCUGGAACCAUUUACAUCGAUUCAAUCUGUUAAAUUGGUUGAGCAGCCGUUUGUGAUUGUUUCAGCGCUUCCACCUGAGAAAUCUCUCUUGGUCCAGCCGCUUCUGCGUCACUAUCGUAGUAACGGUCGGUCUUCGCCGCCUUCGACGCGCGGAAAGGUUUAUUUGGAUUUAACUACUGGACCGCGCAAGGGUGAUCCCCUAGGAGUCGCGAGUAGUGCUGGGUGGAUGGCGUAUGGGUCGGAGGAUGUUAGUGCGUGGACUACGGUUGAGACGCUUCGGUUGCUUGUUGGGCAGAAUGUGCCGUUUGACUUUGUUCGCAUGGCGUCUGGGCGUCCUUUAUUCUAG